AUGGCGGAGUCUGAUGGUGAGGGCCAGCGAGAGGACCAGGGCUGUGCUGUGCUGGGGUCCUCAUGCGUCUCUAAUGCCCGUCUGUUCCAUUCCAGCCCGUCUCUGCCAGCCCUCGACUGGCAGCUGCCGUCCCACUCGGGCCCGUAUGAGCUUCGCAUCGAGGUACAGCCCAAGUCCCACCACAGAGCUCACUACGAGACGGAGGGCAGCCGGGGGGCCGUGAAGGCGUCGGCCGGAGGACACCCCAUCGUGCAGCUGCAUGGCUACUUAGAAGAUGAGCCUCUCACGCUACAGCUGUUCAUCGGGACGGCAGACGACCGCCUGCUGCGGCCCCACGCCUUCUACCAGGUCCACCGGAUCACGGGCAAGACCGUCUCCACCACCAGCCACGAGGCCGUUCUCUCCAACACCAAGGUCCUGGAGAUCCCGCUGCUGCCCGAGAACAACAUGCGAGCCGUCAUUGACUGUGCCGGGAUUUUAAAGCUCAGAAACUCCGACAUCGAGCUGCGGAAGGGGGAGACAGACAUCGGCAGGAAGAACACCCGGGUGCGGCUGGUGUUCCGCGUGCACGUCCCGCAGCCCAGUGGCCGCACGCUGUCCCUCCAGGUCGCCUCGAACCCCAUCGAGUGCUCCCAGCGCUCAGCACAGGAACUGCCCCUUGUGGAGAAGCAGAGCAUGGACAGCUACCCAGUCAGCGGCGGGAAGAAGAUGGUUCUGUCCGGCCACAACUUCCUGCAGGACUCCAAGGUCAUCUUUGUGGAGAAAGCCCCAGAUGGCCACCAUGUCUGGGAGAUGGAAGCCAAAACCGACAGAGACCUGUGCCAGCCGCACUCCUUGGUGGUGGAGAUCCCGCCCUUCCGCAACCAGAGAAUCACCAGCCCGGUGCAGGUCAGCUUCUACGUGUGCAACGGCAAGCGGAAGAGAAGCCAGUUCCAGCACUUCACCUACCUUCCCGCCUCGGCAGUUCCCAUUAUAAAGACGGAGCCCACCGAUGACUACGAGCCUGCGCUGACCUGUGGACCAACGAGCCAGGGCCUGAGCCCGCUCCCGAGGCCCUGCUACAGCCAGCAGCUCCCCGCGCCGCCCGACCCCGGCUCCUGCCUGCUGGCCGGCUUCCCCGCCUGCCCUCCGCGGGGCUCCCUGAUGCCAGCGCCGCCCCUCACCAGCCCGAAGCUCCACGACCUGUCCUCCGCUGCCUACACCAAGGGCCUCGGCCACCUGGGACUGCAGCAGCCGGCCGGAGAGGUGCCCCCCGUCCAGGAGGUGCCGGGAGCGCUGGCCGUGCACCCUGGGCCACCCGAGCAGCCGGCCCCCGUCCUGCAGCCGCAGGUGAGUCCUCCUCCAAGCAGUAGCCGCUCCCUUGGUCACCAGCACUCACUCUGUCCCAACAGCCCCUCUUGUCAACCUCCGCCCGCCACCCACGAGCCCCACGGCCAGGCCCUCCCUCCGGUGACCGGCCACCCACAGCACCGCCUGCCGAAGGUUCAAGGACGUGAGUUUGCAGCCGCUGGGCCACGGCCACUGCCAGAGGUGCGUGAGGACAGUAGUAAUUUGGCCCCUAUUCCUGUAACGGUCAAGCGUGAACCUGAGGAGUUGGACCAGUUGUACCUGGACGAUGUAAAUGAAAUCAUACGGAACGACCUGUCCAGCGCCAACACCCACUCGUAGCUCGCAUGUUGGAGGUCACGCAGCAGCUGUGUGCCGGUUCGUGGGGACAGCUGAGCCCAGCUCCCGCGUCCUUGCCUGAGUGAACUGAGCACAGCUGGUGUCACUCGGAACUGCCAGCCUACCGAAAGCUAGGAGCUGCGGCGUUUGUCGUAUGGACAAUGAAGUCGCUUGCUGGCGUGGCGGGCGGGCGGGCGGUGGCUGCUGCCUCUCCUGCAGAAGUCAUCUCAUCGGGGCCGGCAGGGCGAGCCAGGGAGGACUGUGCAGCCGCCCUGAGGGGGCCGGCGGCGCCUGGCCCCACCGCGCCCCUGGACUCAGCACUGGAAGUGCCUUAUUUACCCCGACCGCCGCGUUCCAGCAGCAGAACUGAGCGCUGAAUUCUACCGCGAGAGUGUUUGUAGGAGCAGCAGUUAUCAAACAUGGCGUUGUGAGGCUUGAUCCUUCGCAUCAGUGAAGAGAACACAGGGGGGCUCGAGGUUGUGCGCGAGCCCUGGCGGGGGUUCCCUCCCGUGACUCGGCUUCUCCUGGGCUGUAGCAUGCAACCUGGUUGCCUUACCCCGUGUGCUGUUGAGAUCGUCCAAGCUGUCACCUCUGCUCUGUCACAGGUACUUCCUCCUCCGUGUCCCCAAAGCCACAGGGUUGCUACAAGCAGCAUGCUAGGACUUCUGUUUUAAUCUGGCUUCGAACGUAGCACAAGGAAGCUGAAUAGCACAGACAGGUUACUGGACAAAACAAGGAAUCGCUGUGCUCCAGGGUGACCUUGCAUUUGCAUGUGUGUACAUAGACAGGCUUGCAUUUAUGGAUGAGUGAUGAGUAGCCCAGGUGGGGAGCCCGCGUUAGCAAUAACCAGCAUCCGUCUUGGGAAGCGAGCUAAGACCCAAAGUGGGGGUCUGUCCCCACCGCCACCCCUCUGACGGGCACGUGCCUGGGCUCCUGCACGUUCGGGAGCCCUGCAGACAGCCGGUGCCCCAGGCUGCCAAACGGCAAAAUUGGAAAGUGACUGUAAAUAGCACGACGCAAGGGGUGUAAUAUAUUUGUUCAAGUGUAACGUUGUUCCACGAAGCCUUAGAGCCCUCUGCUUCCCCCAAGAAAACAGCAACCAAAAACGAGCUCCAGUCCGUAGAUGCAUGUGAGUUCAGACUAGCUACUGUCCUGCGUAGGUUAGUGUAGGUUUUACUACUGCGUUUUGUACAAGUAACUGCUUACUACGCGCUAAUACUAGCAGUGACCUGUUGUUCCAUAUAACCAAAAAGCAUGGUUUCGUUAAAACAUGUUUAACUGAUACUUGUGCCUUAGGAAUUAAUGCCCCCUUAUGGAACAAGCCUGAACUGCACCCGCGGUGGCGUCCCUGUCCCUGCAGGUGGGCGGGCGGAGAGCUCUCCCCAGGACCAGUGACCUCCGAAACGUCUUUCGGGUGGCUCUGUCUUGCAGUUUCUGGCUCACAGAAAGAAACUAAAGCUGAAGCUGUAGUGUAGCGUUCGCGCAGGACCCUGGAGAGCUGGCGUGGGCCACGCGUGUGCGCCGUGGCCGCCCGCCCUGUCCCAUUCCCGGUGUCCUAAGACGUGCAUGAGCGUUUCUCAGUAGACUGUCACAUGGGAAGGAGACGUGUGGUUUGCGUUUCAGCUGUCUUUGUAGUUAGAACAGACCCAAUAAAACAGUAUUCUUGCUGGA